UUGACGUACUCUGUUGCUGGCAGAAAACUUUCCUUAGAGCUAGCGAAGUUCGAAAGAAAACACGUUAGGGCAAAAGCUAAUAACAAGCAAAUCAUCUCUCGCCAGCAGGAGACAGAUAUGGCAGAGGAAUUAAUCCUGUGCGUGUUCUAUACAUUUCUUGCAAUCCUGAUUACCAGUGUGAACGUUCUUAUCAUCGUAAUAUUUUCUAGAGAGAAACUUCGUCGAAAGCGAAGUAAUUAUCUUCUAAUCAGUCUGGCCGUCGCUGAUCUUUUGGUGGGAGUACUAGUUCUUCCACUUUUCAUUACAGUCACGUUGACUCGACCGUCGCCGCAAAUCGCAUCGCUAAGUUAUCUUUUGGACAUCAUAACUGGUUUGGCAUCAAUCUUUACUCUCGCCGUGAUUUCGUUGGAGAGAAUGUACGCCGUUUGCUGGCCUUUCCUUCACCAAACGCUCAGCCAGCGUUCUUACAUUUUUGCCUUGUGCAUGCCGUGGGCCUUGGUUGUUUCUGGGGCUGUGAUAGGGAUCGCAGAUGAUUACUUAAGUGACGUCCUCAUUAUCACCUCACUCCUACUGCCACUUAUAAUUAUUUGCUCUUCAUACGUUGCCAUUUGGAAAAAGCACGGUAAUUCUAUACAGCGUAAUCAUCGCUCUACGCUACGACUAGCUCAAAAAAAGAAGUUGGCAAAAACUCUCUUCAUAAUAAUCGGUGUAUUUGUCGUAACAUGGCUGCCCUUUCAGGUCAUAAGCAUCUAUAACAUAGCAUGUAGACGAACUUCCUGCAAACAACCCCACGUAAAUCCUGUAAUAAUUCCAAUACUGUACGUGGCAGUGUUUUUACGAAUAAGCAACUCCUUCAUGAACUUUAUAGUGUAUUCACUGAGAAUGCCUGACUUCAAACAGCAACUCUCCAAAACGCUUCAACCUUGCAGUAAUUUUUGCAUAAGUCGACAAGACGCUUCACCUGAAGAAUGAUUCAGUUUCUAAUUUAGGAGAACACCAAAAGAGACUGGGAGCAGGGUUCUGCUGCCUGCAGUAUAACAAGAGCAAAAGACAGUAUUAACGAGCGCAAAAGAGAAGUUGCUCAGGUCGACACUUUUAACUUUCAAAACAGGCGAACUCUUCUAAAAACUCUCCAGUCGGUGAAACGCAACCUUUUGCAUAUUUCCGUUCGGCGAAUCAGGGGCACCCAACAACGGUUUCCUCCUAAAGACAUUGAGAGUCACUGUAGGCUUUCUAAGCGGCGCUAAACUGAAAAUUUGUAUCUGUUCGGUCAUCCUAGGGGAACUAGAGUCAUCGAAAUUGCAAAGGCUUGAGUAUUAUUUUCCCGAAAAUUUUAGAUGCAAUUUGACGUAUUACGAAAGUGAGACGAUUCCUCUCUCCAUGGCAUUUUUGAAUCCGAAAAUUUAAGGUUUCCUUUUUUCUACGAAAAACACAGCCUAACUUGGAAAGUGAUGUGAAAAUAAAACUUCAGAAAAUCGUAGGGAAUUUAUUAGAUAAGUUUCGAAAAUUGUACAUGAAUGGAUUUUGAAAUUUUUAGCCGUCCGUAAGUAAUAGAAAAUUCUAUAAUAUUUGCUUCUCCGAACAGAUAAUUUACAGAAAACACUCGUUGGGUGCCCGGCCUAAACGAAUGCAUAUAUUCGUUAUCUUAUUUGAUAAUUAGGUUAGUUUGACUUUUUUGCUCAGAGUUUUCAAACGUUCAUUAUUACUUAGUCCUACAGCGUUAAUAUAAUUAUAAAUUAGGCUUCUCUCAGUGGUAGUAGAGAGAGAAUCAUAUAGUCAAACCUGUAUACACCUGUUGUACCCUGCAUAUUACGGUCACAAGACUGAACUUUCCGAAAAUUUUACCUUAUCAGUACUCUGUUAGCUUGACCUUUUCAAAACGGUCACCAGUGAAUAUAACGGACGCGGUCACCGGCCCUUUUAAAAGACUUCCCGCCGAAUGCAUGAUUUUUUAUUAUUUUUUACCUGUAUAUAAAGGUCAACAAAUUGGAUUGCGAUUAAGCCAUUAGCGAAUCAUAACCGAAGUUUAUAUUCAACAGCUCAUAACAUUGUAGCUACCAGUGAGGAGUCUCUCUUCCCCAAAUACAAAUAACAUAUUUAACUACACGACUAAAAACAAGAGCAGGUCUUCUCCAAAGCAAGGAGAUUGGAAAUAAUAGCCAAUAGCGAAACAAGAUUUAUAAACUAUUGAUCCGUCUACAUCUGGGUUCCGAAAGCCUCCUGUCCUAUUCCCUUUUGGAGUUAAAAAAGGACCUGUAGUGACUAUGUAAGUAAAACGUGAUUAUCUGUAAAUUUUCACUAACUAUUAGCUAGCAGCUUCUCUUAUUGCCCUUUCGGGUCAUUCCUUCUUUCGCAAAUUGAAACCAAGCCAACUGUAUCACAUCAUUCACAUUUCGUCGGGAUAUAUGAUUUCGAGCCUGAGGGAGAAUCAUGCGGAGGCCUUCUCUAAAGCCCCAACACUGAAAAAUUAAAAGGAAGCCAAGGUAAAAACAAAACAAAAGCUAGUUCGAAACUGAAAACAGAAACACCCUGAACACAAACGAGAGUAAAUAAACAAUGUAAAUAAAAAAAAUAGCCAGGCUCGGUCUUCGCCAUUUCCGGAGUCCGGUCAUUGAUUCUCCCCAAGGGAAUGCCUUAAUCAGUCUUAUUCGAGUGACUAUGGUAACAAAAUGAAGUAGACAGCCGUGACAGAGCCACUUUAAUAGGGAGCUUAAGCAACGGCGACGGCGACGGCUACGAGAACGGCAAAAAAAGCAAUAGAGUGUUUCACUCACGUGGCCAGCAUCUAUGUAAAUUUAUUGGAACAAAAGAAAGGUUUACAUAAGAAAAGAGUUCAACUCCCAGAGGAUUGGUUUGGGACACCAACAUGGCCGCCGUUUCAUUGUUUUGGGACACCAAUUAGGCCACCGUGACGUCAUGUGAAAACACUCUAUAGGUUUAGAUUAGCAAAACAACAACUUUUUGUACAUUUCUUGCACGACCACAAUGUGAAAGUGCCUCAUUUCACGUUUCGUCGAGGACGGGAACACAAUAAAUCAACAACUUUCUUUUCUCUUCCUGAACUUUGAUACAGUGUUUUAGAAUUCAACUCUAGACAUAAAAUUGCCAACAUUUGAUGACUGAACGAGAUGGAAGAAACGCGAUAAAGUCUGAAACAGCGCGAAUUCACUUUUUAAGUGACUUUUUCGAAGCCGUGGCCGUCCGUUGUUACUUAAGGUCUCGGUAAAGGAAAACGAGGUGCCAACAGAAAAAAAUUCUAGUCGCGCGAGUAUUUUCGCUACAAAGGCAAGUUAUAUAUCAAGUUAAAGCUAAAAGACUAAAUUACCUUAUAAAAGAUUUUAUUUCAUCGAAUUUUAAAAGGCGAUUAAGUUUUUUGCGCUCGAACUCAGAGGUAUCGAAUUUACUGCUGAAGCUCCAGGGUCCGUGCACACUUCGGCCAAUCUAUUUUUUCAUUUUUCCAACAAAAACGGAAAAAGGACAUGUUACUUAUCCCUAUCAUAUUUACAUGUUUUAAAGUACUGGAAAAAAUAGGAGAAAAGAAAAUGGUCAAUAAAAUCGAUCAUUUUUUCGUUUUGGCUAAUUUUGAAGUUCAAUUCAAAAAUACAAAAAAUACUGUAAACGGCUAAAAGCGAUAGUUUGCUAUUUUUUAUUUUUUGCUAUUGUUAGAAAAUGAGAAAAAUGAAACAAUCUCCGAUUCCUAACUCAUUUUUCUAUUUUUUCGUUUUUCGCAAAAAAUAGAAAAAACGGAAAAAUGAAAAAAAAUAUGUUUAUUCGCACAAUUUUUUCAUUUUUCCAUUGUGUUCAAGAAAAUGUUAAAAUAGAAAAAUAGCAUACUUAUCGCCCAAUUUUCCAUAAUUCCAUAUUAAUAAGAAAAAUGAAAAAUGACAAGUGUUGCGAACAAUUUUCUAUUUUCCUUUUUUUAAUAAAUAGAAAAACUUUAAAAUGAUACACCCUCUCAGACAGUUUUUCAUUUUUCAUUUUAUUGAAAAAUGGCGCAGAAAAGUGAGAAGUUAUGAAUAUUUAACGGUGAAGAAAAGAAAACCUAAUUCGUAUCCACUUUCGACUGACUAAUUUGGUUAGAAGAUUUGCACAGGGUUGACGGAGAUGUGGGGGAAUUUGUGGGGGAGGGGCUUUAGUUUUCGAGAUGUGGACAUAGUUCCAUUCACUAUUGAAGUUGAUUAACUUUUCACGAUUUCCCUGAAGGUUUGAGUUGUCGGGAGUCGACUGUGGAUGACAACAGUGGGAAAACCGUACCGUACCUGCGGUGGAAAUCAAGAAUAUUAGAAAGGGUACGAGGGAGGCGGAGAAGGCGUGAAAAUUGGUACGGGAAAGGGGGGGUUAAACGCAAUGGUUUUCAUGUCAGCAACACCAUGGUCCCAGCAUAAUAAAAGCAGUUUGUGAGAGAGAUUAAGGGGAAGGAGUUAAGAAGAAGGUCGUUGAACAGUCACAUGCACAAAAUAAAUAAAGAGCAGGUCAGUAAAGAGGUCAGACCCUUUUAAAUGAAAUAGAUGCUCAAAGUAGACUGCUUAGCCUGCCGAAAUAACGGAUCUUGCCGCAGAACGGGUGUUUUAGUUUUAGUUCCCAUGGGACACCCACUCGCGCGACAUGUAUGGGGAAACGUUCCACAGGAAUGCAACAGGAACACUUUAUGGUGACGCAAUGUUAGAACAGGUCACAGAGUGGGUCCUAAGUAAUAAGGUAAAGGAAUCAUCUAAUCAAAUCCAAAAGUGAAAGUGAAUUUAGGUUUAUCUUUUCUUUAUUGGUAAGUGUUCAAGAUUGGUCAUUUUUCUUCUCUAUUUUUCAUUAAAACAAAAGAUGAAAAAUUGCCCGCUUUUGUUUGUUCGUUUGUUUGUUUUUUUCUAUUUAUAAAAAUAAUGGAAAAAUUAUUCGCAACACUUGUCAUUUUUUCAUUUUCUUGUUAAAAUGGAAUUAUGGAAAAUCAGGCGACAGGUACGCCAAUUUUCUAUUUUUUCAUUUUUUGGACAUAAUGGAAAAAUUAAAAAAAUGGUUCGAAUAAAUAUAUUUUUUACAUUUUUCCGUUUUCCUAUUUUUGUGGGAAAAUGGAAAAAUAGAAAAAUGAAUUAGAAAUCGAAGAUUAUUUCGUUUUUCUCGCUUUUCAAACAAUAUCGAAAAUUAAAAAUAGCAAAAUACGCUUUUAGCCGUUUAAAUUGUUUUUUGUAUUUUUGAAGAGGACUUCAAAAUUAGAAAAAUGAAAAAAUGAUCAAUUUUCCUGACCGCUUUCCUUUUUUCUGUACCUUAAAAUAUGUAAAUAUGACANAAAAAAUGGUUCGAAUAAAUAUAUUUUUUACAUUUUUCCGUUUUCCUAUUUUUGUGGGAAAAUGGAAAAAUAGAAAAAUGAAUUAGAAAUCGAAGAUUAUUUCGUUUUUCUCGCUUUUCAAACAAUAUCGAAAAUUAAAAAUAGCAAAAUACGCUUUUAGCCGUUUAAAUUGUUUUUUGUAUUUUUGAAGAGGACUUCAAAAUUAGAAAAAUGAAAAAAUGAUCAAUUUUCCUGACCGCUUUCCUUUUUUCUGUACCUUAAAAUAUGUAAAUAUGACAAGGAUUAGUAAUAUUUCCUUUUUCCGUUUUUGUUGGAAAAAUGAAAAAUUAAUUAGAUUGGCCGAAGUGUGCACGGACCUACAACGAUAUAUGUCAAUAUUAAUUUCAACUUGAUCAGAUAAAAUUUGUCAGCAAUCAAUCAAGAUCACUUUUCAUGCUUCACCUUUUUAUAUUUUAAAUGUCGUUUAUUAAUAUUAUGUUUGACUUAUUCCGUAAAGGAUACAUUUGGCUAAAUUGGGUUAAAUAUCGGUUUCACUUUAAAAACCAUUGGAAAGAUACAUAGGACUUCCAUUAGCUUAUAAUAUUAUUCACAAAUCGAGGAGAUAAGUCCCGUGACGAUAAAAACAGAAGCGAAAAAGAGCUCAAAGGUGGCAGUUUGCAAGGCCCAGUUUUCGGUAUACAUAAAUAUAUAUAUAUAUAUUUAGAUCUGUCUGAUUUCGUUAAAACGUGGCCACCAGGUUUUCGCCUGGUGCCGGGCGCAGCCCGGAUCCAGGCCAGUCCGGUGUCCAAAAAAAUAGGGGGCUUGACGUCUUGGUCGGCACCGGCUGGAUAGCCCAGGUACUGCCCUAACAGUAGGUGGGUGGAUCAAGCCUUGGGGUCAAAACUAGUGUGGGGUAGGGAGGGGGCUGUUUUGACACAGCCCCUUCAGUAAGCAGCAGUGUUCAGUGGAGGCUUUGACUAGCGAGUACCUUGGUCUUAAUUUGUCCUAGCCAGCUGAAUCAGGCCUCUGCUGAGAAUGAUUAUCAUGAUAAUUGCAGAGUUCAGUGGGAGGUGCAGACAGUCACCCACUGUCCUGGGUGGGGAGGGUCAAAGUCUUGGUACCAAGGACACCCUUAGCAUAGGACCUUUAGACACUCACUGAAGCCAUGUUUUCAUAAAUCCAGACAUAUAUAUAUUCCGAAAAGACGCUUGGGCUUUUCCUUUUAAAAGUGUUCCGGUUUUCUGGCGUAUUCAGCGUUAUCGAGAUACGUGAUCCGAUGAUCUUGUGGUUCGUAUUUUCAUUUAUCUCGUUUUUUUGUUAAAUGACAUCCAGUUGAGUGGAAUUAAGAUAGGUAUAAAUACACGCCAAUAGACAUCUGCGAAUCAAAUCUAAAUUCACGCAAUCAGGAAGUCGAAUAUCAUUUACAUGAAUUUGCAUUUGCUUUCGCCAAAAUACGAUUCUGAAAGCCAUCACUAGGCGUUAAAACCUCAAGACACAACCCAUUUGCCUCUCAAGUCAUAUACAGCAGAGAUGGAAGGAAUAGUAGUUCUGUGUUUCUUUUACGCUUUACUUGCGGUGCUAGUAACUGGCGUUAGCAUUCUUACAAUCGCAGUAUUUUCAAGGAUGAAACUUCGUCGAAGGUCAACUAGCUUUCUCCUCAUCGGCUUAACCGUGGCGGAUCUGUUAAUAGGAACGCUAGUUCUCCCUCUUUUCAUAACAAUCACCUUGACUCACCAGCCGCCUGAAGUGAGACUUGCCAGCCAUUACUUGGACAUCAUAACUGGGUUGGCAUCGAUCUUUACUAUCGCCGUGAUUUCCUUGGAGAGAAUGUGUGCCGUCUGUUUUCCUUUCCGCCACCAAAUGCUCAGCCGUUGCACCUACAUCGUUGCCGUCUGCGUACCAUGGAUUCUAGCGAUCAGUGGUUUAAUUAUGGUCAAGGUUCUUGUCAAGGAUCACCGCUUUACUAGCGUCUUUUUCAUAUCGUCACUCGUUUUGCCACUUGUAAUAAUCUCCACAUCGUAUUCUGUCAUUUGGGUAACGCGACACCGGUCUUCUCUGCAAGAAGAACAGGAGCGAAAACUGGCAAGAACUUUGUUGAUUAUAAUUGGCGCUUUCGUUGUAACAUGGCUGCCAUUCCAGGUCAUAAACACUUACAUAAUCGCCUGUAAAUAUUCGGAUCCUUGCAAAUAUCCACCAGGGGUAAUCAUAUACAUUGCAGUGUUCUUACGACUAAGCAACUCAUUUUUGAACUUUAUGGUAUAUUCACUGAGAAUGCCCGACUUCAGAGAACAGCUUCGCAAACUUUGCCCGACUAUGCGGGGAGAGAAUUUACUAAGACGCGCGUCUAAAAAUGAAAAUAGGGAGUCUGACGAGCAGGAGGGCGGAAGGAAG